AUGAAAUUGCUUUGGGACGACGAGCUGCGCGUCAACACGGUUCAUGUGAAGGACGUGACGCGGGCGCUCUGGCACGUGGCGACGCGUGGCGAAGCUGGCCACGUCUACAAUUUGGCCGACAAGAACGACACGAGUCAAGGCAAGCUCAAUGCGCUCCUCGGCCCGCUCUUUGGCAUCGAGACGGGCUUCAUCGGCAAGCUCAUCUCGAACCUCGCGCGCCUCCGGCUCGGCGACGUCGUCGACGAUGUCAACGACAAACACAUGAAGCCGUGGUCCGACCUCUGCAGCACGCACGGCGUGACCAACACGCCAUUGACGCCGUACUUGGACAAGGAGCUGCUCGCGCACCACCAGCUGUACAUCAACGGCGCCAAGAUCGAAGCGAUUGGGUUCGAGUACGCGUACCCGACGCUCACCAUCGACGAGCUCCGCGACGUCAUUGAGGGCGCCAUCGCCCAGCGCAUCUUCCCGCCGAUCCUCGCGUGA